AAUAUAUAAAAUUAAACAACAAUAUAUUUUAUUGAUGUUCAAUACACAAAAAUAUGAGAUAAGAACUCGAUACAGAUGGUUGAUGGUUUGUUUUUUACUAUAAUGACUGUACUUUUAUGAUAGGAAUUCAUAAGUGUAAUAUGUUUAUUAAAAAAUGAGUAACAACAAUAGUCGUGAUACAACAAUGAAUGAUCUACCAUUCCCAGAUCGACCACGUUUACGACGAAUUGAUGAAAGAUUUCGUCCAGAUUUUUUUAAAUUUAGUAAACGCUAUACAUUAGCUAUUUUGUCACAUAUUGGUUUUGCAAUUACAUUUGCAAUACGUAGCAAUGAAUGUAUACAUAAAGGGUCAGUGGAAGAUGAUGUUGAUAGGCUGUAUGCUUUAUUUAUGACAUUAUGGUUCUUGUUUGCGUAUUUUCUUGUACAAAUACCUGCAGGGAUUUGCAGUUAUAAGCACUCAGCCACGCAUUUAUUUGGAAUUUGUAUUUUGGGUGCCUCAAUUACAUCAUUUUUGACGCCAAUUACAGUAGGUUGGUUUAAACCGGCAAUUCAAUAUUCUGCCUUUUUGCAAGGUAUAUUCCAGGGUGCAGCAAGUCCAGCUUACUUUUCAAUGUGGCGAUAUUGGGCACCACCAUUAGAACGUUCAACACUAGUCACAUUAGGAUAUGCGGGCACUUUUUCUGGCGUCGUGAUUGGUUAUCAAUUAUCAGUAACAUUUUGUAGUGUAUUUACUUGGGAAAAGAUUUUAUAUGUUUAUGGCUUGAUGGGUAUAUGUUGGUAUCUAGCAUGGUUAUGGUUGGUAUUUGAGCAUCCGUCUCAACAUCCAACCAUUAUGGAUCAAGAAUAUGUAUACUUACAACAAACGGUUACUAUAAAACAAGAAACACCAGCUUCACCAAUACCCUGGAAAAAAAUCUUUACUAACCUCCCGAUAUGUGCACUAUUUGUGUCUAGCUUCUCCCGUGCGUGGUCUCUUGAAGAUUUUCAACAUUCCAUGUAUUCACAAGUUAAGGAUCACAAAGAGUUUGGCUUUUUGCAUAUUGAAUUGUAUAAUUUAAUUAUGGCACUAUCAAUUCCGGCUGCUGGCUUUGCGGCUGACAUUCUUUUACAAAAAACAUCAUUAUCAGUAACCAAGUUAAGAAAAAUUUAUAUAAGUGGUGGUUUGGUGAUAAAUGCUUUAUUUUUCAUUCCCGCACUGUUUAAUGUUCAGUUUACUUCAGCGUGGUACGAAAUAUCAUUCUGGCCUGUAAUGGUUAUUUAUUGCAUAUCAAUAGCUGGAUUUUAUGCAAAUCAUUUAGAUAUAGCAGCAAAAUAUGCUGGAAUUACAAUGGCCUUAACGAAUGUGAUACAAACAGUAGCUGCAUUAUUGCCAACUGAAUUUGAGUUUGAACUAUUUAGAUUUUUAGAAAACCACAGAAUGUCAUAUAUACUAACUAUAAUGACUGUAUUUAUUGGCGGAGGUAUUUUUUAUUACUUAUACGGGUCAGGUGAAGAACAAAAUUUAGAAGAUAAACCAAUUGAAGGAGAAAAUAAGGAAGAAGAAACGCGAGGAUUUGAAAAUUUUGCCUCUGUGAAUGACUGGAAUCCGGCUGAAGUUCUUGUAGAAUAAUUUUUUGUUUGUUGCAUAGAAACCUCAAGUUUUUUAAAGAA